UCUCCGAUCGUGCCUCUAGAACGGCUUGGAUCCCUCCACAAGGGUUGGGUUCGCUAGUGACUAUUGCCAGUGGGCAUACCGUGCCCGGACGACCAACCUGCUGGAGAGGCCUGUCUGUCCGUCUGUCUGUCUGUCUGUCAGUCCGCGUUGCCACUCCGUGCGAAUCGACCGAUCGGUCCUUACAUCAGUACGCCGUGUGCCGUCGAUCAAGCCGAACUGUUGCGCUUGCAAGGAUUCCGAAGUUCCAGGAAGUGUGUGUGUGACGUGUGUGACUUGCGUGUGUGAUUUUUUAAAGGGUACAAUCGAGCCGGAAGUGUGCAAUCCUCAGUGAGUUAAGCAUCUCAGGACAUUUGGAUCCUUUGGAAGUGGUUGGUGGAUAGUAGUAGUAGUAGUAGUAGCGAUGGAUCAACCCGUCUCGUCGAAUAGUGGUAGUGGAAGUGUCCCGCAAGUGCCCAUAUGCUCCGCCAGCCAGUCGGAGAUGCUGAGCCCACUGUACAUGGAGGCGUACUGUCAGUCGCUCGAGCAGCCGGAAUCGUUCUGGGGCGAUCUGGCGGAACAGCUCAUCGAUUGGGAUCAACCGUGGGAGAAAGUGCUGGACAAUAGCAACAGCCCAUUCACGAAGUGGUACGUUGGAGGAAAGCUCAACGCUUGCUACAACGCAAUCGACCGCCAUGUGCUCGCCGACAAGGGCAGCAAGGUGGCGCUCAUUCAUGACAGUCCCACCACCAACACGGUGCGCCAUGUGACGUACAACGAGCUGUAUGAUAAGGUGUCCCGAUUAGCGGGAGGAUUGCGGCGGCUGGGCGUCCAGAAGGGAGACCGGGUCGUCAUCUAUAUGCCACUGAUACCGGAAGCCAUCAUCGCGAUGCUGGCCACCGCACGGCUCGGUGCCGUUCAUUCCGUCGUGUUUGGAGGAUUUGCGGCGAGCGAGCUGUGCACGCGAAUAGAGCAUGCCGAGCCGAAGGUGAUCAUUGCCGCGAACUGUGGCGUCGAGCCGCACAAGAUCAUCUACUAUCUGGACAUCCUGCACGAGGCGGUCGCAAUGUCGCGCUGGAAGCCGGCCAAGAACAUCAUCUACCGACGGGCGAACAUCCUGAUGUCAGAUCUGGACGAGACGUGGGACAUUGCCUGGGAGAAUGCGCUCGACACUGUGCCGGUCGACUGUGUGCCGGUCGAGGCGAACGAUCCACUCUACAUUCUCUACACUUCCGGCACGACAGACAAACCGAAGGGCAUACAGCGACCGAUCGGUGGCCAUCUGGUCACGCUGAUGUACACGAUGAACACGAUCUACGGCCUCCAGCAGGACGAUGUAUGGUGGAACGCGUCCGACCUGGGCUGGGUCGUGGGCCACUCGUACAUCUGCUACGGGCCGCUGCUGUACGGUGCGACCAGCGUCAUGUACGAGGGCAAACCGGACCGAACGCCCGAUCCGGGCCAGUACUUUCGCAUCAUCGAUCAGCACAAGGUGUCGGCCGUGUUUUCCGUACCGACCGCUUUUCGCGUCAUCCGGCGCGUCGAUCCGGACGUCACGUAUGGCCGGAAGUACAGCUUGAAGUCGCUGCGCGCCAUCUUCAUCGCCGGGGAGCACUGUGAUCUGGAAACGAUGAAAUGGAUGCGCAAAACGUUCAAGGUGCCCGUGCUGAACCAGUGGUGGCAAACGGAGACCGGUUCGGCCAUCACGGCGACCUGCGUCGGCUUUGCGCAGAACCUGCAGACGCCCCCGUUCACGACGGGCCUGCCGUACUGUGGGUACGACAUCUACGUGCUGGACAAGAACGGCCACGAAGCGAAACCGAACGAGCUGGGACGCAUCGUGGUGAAGCUGCCGCUGCCACCGGGCAACAUGGCCACGCUGUACCGCAGUGACGAGCUGUUCCGCAAAACGUACUUCCAACGGUUUCCGGUACAAUCUCUCUUUCUCUCUCGCUCUCUUUCUCUCCCUCUCUUUCAGUGUUAUAAUCAGUCAUUUUUUUCGGAUUGCCGACGCUUUCAGGGCUACUACGACACGAUGGACGCCGGGUACAAGGACGAGAAUGGGUACAUCUACGUGACGGCACGGGACGACGACGUGAUCAAUGUUGCUGGCCACCGUAUCUCCACGUCGAGCCUGGAGGAUGCGAUCCUGCGGCAUCCGGACGUAGCCGAUGCGGCCGUGUUCGGUGUGCCCGAACCGACCAAGGGCCAGAUACCGCUCUGCCUGUACGUGACCAAGGCGAACGUGUCCAAGCCGGCCGCCAAGAUGUCGGUCGAGCUGAUCAACAUCAUACGGGAGGUGAUCGGACCGAUCGCCGCCUUCAAACUAGCCGCCCAAGUACAAAGCUUACCACGCACCCGAUCCGGUAAGAAAACGGUGGUUCCCCGAACCAGUUGCCAGUUCGGUUCGGUUCUAACGUCCGCUCCUCUUUUCCUGCUCCUUCCACAAAAAAAAACAGGCAAAACGUUACGCAAAGCGAUGGCUGACCUCGCGGCAAACAAGCACAUCACCAUACCGGCCACGGUCGAGGACGCGACGGUGUUUGUCGACAUUAAGCGCGCGCUGCGCGAGCUCGGCUACGCGAUGGCCGCGCCCGAUCCGGAGCUGCGACAAACCGUAAGAUGAAGGAUGACGGCGCAAUGAUUUUUUGUUCGGUAUUUCGGCACGCCAUCACCACCACCACCAGCCGCCUCUUUGCGUGCGUUGUUGCGCAUUGCGCUUUCGCGACGUUUCGGCGUUCUUCAUGUGUCGCCGGCUGCUUUGAUUUCUUGCGUAGUGUCUCUCUCUCUCUCUCUUGGCCCCCUUCGUUCGCAUUUCGUAACUUCCGUAGUUGUUAACGUUAUAUUACUUGUGCCGCACACACACACACGCACAUCCCCUUAAUAAAAACUAGCAAACAUGGUAAAAGGCUUAGGAAGAAAAACCC